UGAUUGGACAGAAGGCAUCGCAAGCAAAGGAGCACCUGGUGUUAUCAAUCAAGCGGGUCGAUCAUUUUGUGAACUCCGGUGAUCCAGAGGAGCUGCUUUAGUUCAGAGCCUGACUGUCCUCAGUACUUUCUCCCGUUUUGGAUUUGUCUCCUGUUAUUUCUACCCAUUUCUUUCUACCCCACCUCAACCAGCCCAACAGGGAGGAAUUAUCUUUGUUGCCUUGGAAUUUAAGUUGCCGAUACCAUGGCAUCCCAAAAGGCUUGGCUUUUCUGCCUGUUGUUGACUUUUGUGUGUUCUCUUCACAUCAAUGUCAUCCCUGGGAUUGCUGCUACUCAAGAUGACAAUGAUGAUGAUGAUGACAAUGAUAAAGAACAUGGAGAUUUGAAGGAUGACGAUCAUGACAACAAUGACAAAGACGACAAUGAUGAUGACGAUGAUGACAAAGACGACGACGAUGAUGAUGAUGAUGAAAAAGAUGACGGUGAUAAAAAUGAUGAUGAUGAAGACGAUAAGGAUGACGAUAAUGAAGAUGAUGAUGAUGAGGAUGAUGACAACGAUGAUGACGAUGAUGAAGGUGAUGAUGACCAUGACGACAAUGAUGAUGAUGAUGAUGAUGAUGAUGAUGACAAUGACGACAAUGAUGAUGAUGAUGAUGAUGACGAUGAUGACGACGAUGAUGACGAUGACAAUGAUGACGACGAUGAUGAUGAUGACGAUGACAAUGAUGACGACGACGAUGAUGAUGAUGAUGAUGAUGAUGACAACAAUAAAGGCCAUGACAACAAUGAUGGUGAAGAUGAUGAUGGUGAUGAUGAUGAUGAUGAUGAUGAUGAUGAUGAUGAUGAAGAUGAUGGUGACAACAAGCAUGACAACAAUGAAGAUGAUGAAGAUGAUGAUGGUGAUGAUGACCAUGACAACAAUGAUGAUGACGAUGACGAUGAUAAUGGCGAGGAUGACCAGGACAACAAUGAUGACAAUAAAGACCAUCACGACAAUGAGGAUGAUGAUGAUGAUGAUGAUGAUGAUGACGACAAAGAGCAUGACAACAAUAAAGAUGAUGAUGAUGAUGAUGAUGAUGAUGACAAAGAGCAUGACAACAAUAAAGAUGAUGAUGAUGAUGAUAAUGACGAUGACGAUAAGAAAGAAGAUGAGGAAGGUGAGGAAGAAGCUGGAGGAUACAAAGACGGUUCCCUGUGCAGUUACUGCACCUUCUGUGAGCACUGCGAUGAUUGUGAUAAAUGCCCUUGUGAGGAAGGAGACAAGAGCGAGCACUGUGAGGAUUGCAAGUACUGUCAGUUCUGUUAUGUGUGCCCCGUAAUAUGUGAAACAGUUUGCAAACCAGGCAGCUACGUAGAUGAAUUCUCAUCAACAAUAUAUCAAUCCAUCGCAAAUGUGUUCGAGCAGUCUGAGCAUUAAUCGUGUCAGUGUGUGGUCAGAGAAACUGGGCGUUAACACCCACAAACAGGAGCCAAGUCACAUCUCUGCACCUCGUGCUUUGCUCUGAUGAACUGUGUCGCUGAUCGUUUUUCUUAUUAUUCAAGAAGAAUUCGCUUCCAUUUGAAAGUCUCCCCAAACGAGCCCCCCUGUCACAAACCAGAAUCCAUAGGAUAACGGAGAGGUGGACGUGGUGAAUCCCAAUGACCCACAGCCUCCAUCCUGUCUCUCCUUCAGACCCAUCUUAGAGGCCACUUAUCCCACACACCCAUUGGUUCACUGCUCUUUCCUUUCAGGGUUGGACUCUUCCUAUUCCCAGCCUGACCCAGUCUGGAGACCACACACAAACCCCCCCCCCCACUUAGAGUCAAGACUGGUUGAGUCUUCACUAUCCUCCGAAGGGGCCUAGUGGGGCAAUGAAGCCUUUGAUUGAGCUGGUGAAGAGUUCAGCACCUUACCUGAGUGCAGGGCUUGAGCCUUCAGGGUUAGGCCCCAGGCCUGUUCUGAGUGAUUGCGGCGCAAGUCGCUGAUGGUUACGGGGAGAGGUCACAGGGUCAAAUGUUCCCUUUGAUUACGGACAGUAAACCCCGGAUGGGUCAAGACUUUAACCCCAUCCUGAGCUGGGAAAAUGCCAUCUCCUAGUUGGGUCACUGCUCAACCCUGACUAAACUAUCUCAGUCACAUAUUCACAGUAAUCCUUUCCCCACUGCUGCCUCCCUCUCCCGAGGGCACAGGCUCAGAGUCCUUUCUAGAACCUUCCAUGCUUCAAACAUGAUUGGGUUCCAUGGUCAAACAAUCAGCCAAUUCUAAAUUCUUCCUGUGACCCGGACCUCCUCGAUCACUGACUCCCUUUCCCUCGAUCAUGUGAGGCUUUGACCCCAAAUUGUAAAAUGCUAAGAGUCCGGGGGGAUUGCUGUCUGACCUCUGACCCUUGCAGUCAGUAAUCUGGGCCCCCAGCCCGUUGGAUCAAGUCAAGGAACUAAAAUGACCACGGUGCAUAAAAGGUGUGGGGGUGACCACACAGAACCCUUAAACAUUGACAACACCCUUUUCCACCAGGAAAUCACACCUCCUAUCUCCUCAGCAGUGCCUGUUUCCAUAGCGAUCAGAUUCUGGCAUGACCCAUCAUACUUUGGGAAUAAUCAGCGACCCAUUCCUGAGCUUUGGAGUCUCCCAGAUUCCACUAAAAGCUGCCCGGUUAGAAUGAAUUGUUUUGUUACUUUUUUUCUCUCUCUCCGCGACCCCAUUUCUCUUCUUUCCUCGUUUCAGUAUUUAUUGAUAGAUGCUCAUUUGUUUUAUUAAAAAUGGACGUACCUUUGCCUACUUCCCCCACUAUCCCACGCUGUCUGUUUUAGUGAGGGGAGGGGGACGUGGUGGUCCAUUUAGAAUAUGAUAAAUUAUUAAAGUGUGGGAGCACUAGGAAAAUCUCCCUUUUGUUC